GUACGAAAUUUUGCAUUACAAUUGUUUGAAAUAUUAAUAUUUUGGUUGCUAAACAAUAUGUAAUUAAAAAUUCUCAGUGUGGGAAUCCCAACUGUAAAAAUAGCUAUCGAUACUUAAAAAAAAAACUAAAUAAAAGAAAAUAGAGUGUGAAUGAAAUAAAAUGGAUGAUAAUAAGAUGAUGGAAAACUUCCAGUUGAAAGCCAAACCACAGGAUAAUGCAUCACCACGUGCAACUGAAGAAGUGGAUUUAGAGGAAAAGCAUAAACAAUUGCGGGGAUUUGCAGAAAAGUUGAGAGCUGAAUACUAUGAAGCUUACCGCCAAAUGACUGCAGAGUUGAGGCCUUCACAAUUAGACGGGUUCGCUGAAGUGCUAAUGGAGCAUCAAAAGCAUGUGGUACAAAAUCAAGAUGAAUUAAUUUGUGAAAUGAGAGAACAGUUGAUGCAAUCCCUGAAGAAUUCUUUAGAUCGAUUUUGGGAGGAAUAUGAUGUUACGGAUCGAGUAGCUGAAUUGGAAAUGCUAAAAGAGCAAUGCAACAAAUUUAAAGGAAGCUCAUGGAAUGUCCGUCUAAUGAAACCUGUAGAGAGGACUUUGCCGUUACGAAUGCGUUUUAAGGAAACCAGAUUGCGCUACCUUGAAAAACAACUGAGUUAUCAAAAUGAACAAUUGAAGAGUUUAAUGGCGGUGAAUUGUAGAGAACGGUCUCGGAUUCGCAACAUGGAACAACAAAGAAAAUCGAUGUUAGUGACUUUAGUACGAUACAGUCAAGAUAUCGAAAAGAGAAAGUCGCUUGCGAAGCAAAUAACAGCCGAUUUAAUUUUUAAUACUGAUUAAGAUUUUGUUUUAAAAUAAAAGUUAUAUUGAGUUAUUUA